AUGUCAAUCCGGCAUUUCUUUUUCUUGGCUCUUCUCCUCGUCGUCUCAUUUGCACAAUUCGAGGAAGUGAAGAGGAGAAUGGGGCUCAGGUAUUUAAUUGACGGUGAUGCGGCAGCCGAUGUCGUCGGCAUGAUGAAACAGCCACAAAAUAGCGGAAACGCUCAACUUUUGAGAGGAAGAUAUGGUAAACGAUCGAAUUGGGACACGAUCUUCUAU